CAAACUUGGAAAAUUUAGGCUAAACUUUUUAAGUUGAAGAAACCGUGACUCAGCUGCAUAAUUUAGUUUUGCUGAGAAAGGCUGAGAAAUUUACCAAUACAUUGUGUAUAAUGCAAAUACACAGGUUUAUAGUCACGUUAUGAGGCCUUUACAACACGGGUCGACUCCAGUCAUGUCUGGUCAUUUUUCCAUUGUUAAGAGAAUAUUUGUACGUUAUUGAACUAGUGCAAGGAUGUUAGGGAAAUAUUGGUCGAAUUCUUCAUUAAUUUUUGUAAUUUGUCUGUGGUUUUCCGUCCUAAGAAAGAUAAAAAUAUAACGUGUACCAUGGAGAGAGACAUUUAGAGCGCAUUUUCUUUAUACGCAACCAAAUUAUCAAAACUGAAAUUAAGAGACGUACACAAGUUAUUGGCAAAGUAUAUUUUGGGGAACAACUACAAAACUGUCGAAUAUUUUUCAGCGCUCUGUUCCAAAAUUAAGACUCCCGUUCGCAUGAGGAAAUUAAUGGCCAAACUAAAAUAACACAUUUCAGAAAAAGUUUAAUUCUGCUGUCAUAGCGCACGCGAAAGCGCUAGGGGAUUAUUUCUGGCCCUCACUCUCACACAAUACUUCCAGGGAGAAAGAAAGCCUCCAGCCCGUGACCCCGUGAGCGUAGCGCUGCGUGACAGAGAGAGGCUAUAAUUGAGUAUUGUUGAGUAAAACAAAGUACCGCUAUCCGCUUGAGAGCUUCACCAUCCUGACUAGCAAAGACAUGUCUUGGUUUAUUCCAGUUGUAAUCGGUUUGCUUGCAAUCUAUUUCGUAAGAAGACUGAUCCCUCGAGCGAAAGUUGAUGUUAAAGGCAAGUAUGUUCUUAUUACGGGCUGUGACUCCGGUUUCGGUCGCGAAACCGCCAUCAAACUGGACGAGAUGGAGGUUUGCGUGAUAGCGACUUGUUUAACGAAGGAAGGAGAACAGAGUUUGAAAUCCGUGACAAGCGACAAACUAAAAACAUUCCAGAUGGAUGUUACAAACUCACAGCAGAUAAAUGACGUUUACCAGGAGGUGAAAAAGAGUAUUCCUUGUGAUCAAGGAUUGUGGGGCCUGGUGAACAACGCAGGAAUUCUUGAUAUACGUCCAAUCGAAUGGGCACCACUGGACCUCUUUAAACGCAUCGCAGACGUAAAUCUGUGGGGAAUGAUUGACGUCACUAAGACCUUUCUACCGUUGGUGAAAAAAGCGCGGGGACGAGUUGUAAACUUCUCAAGUGCUGCCGGUCGACUGACCACUAACUUCGUCGGAGCUUAUUGCAUCACCAAAUACGGCGUGCAAGCGUUCUCUGACGCUCUUAGGAGAGAAAUGCAUCCCUGGGGAAUCAAAGUGAGCAUCAUUGAACCAGGAGGAUUCAAAACACAAAUGAGUAAUGCCCGUGUCAUAGAAAGGCAACUAAGACAAGGCUGGAAUAACCUGAGUGACGAACUGAAAAGAGACUAUGGAGAAGAAUACUUAGAAAACGGUAUAAAGUUCCUAUCUUCAAGUCCUCCUUCCCAUCAUACCUAUCGAGUAGUUGACGCUGUUGUCGACGGACUAACGUCCCAAGCACCACGUGACCGAUAUCUAGUCGGUUUGGACGCCUGGCUUUUCUUUGCAUGGAUGGCGCGGUUACCAACCGGCCUGGCAGACUUCAUAAUCACUCGCGUGAUAUUUAGAGACAUAGUGCCACGGGGAAGCAAGUAAUGAGUGAAGCUCGGCUCUUAAAUGAGGAGUACGUUAACCAGUCUAAAAGUAUGAUCACAUAACGCCUCUCCUCGUGGAACUUCAUUGGCUACCCAUUGAACAAAGGAUAAACUUUAAAAUUCUACUGAUUGCAUUUAAGGUGCUACACAACCAAACUCUUACAUAUCUAAUUGACUUACUUACUCAUUAUCAUCCCUCGAGAUUACUUCGUUCAUUUCCUAAAAACGUGCUUUGGAAUUCAACUUAUAAUCUUCAGUAAAACUUAUGGUGGGCGUUCUUUUGCCGUUGCGUAGCCAUCAUUGUGGAAUUCUCUAUCCCAAUCUGUCAAAGAUUCUACGUCAGCUAACACUUUUAAACGUAGACUCAAAAAGCAUCUUUUCUUGAGUGCUUACCACGGAUGCUGAUUUUUUAUUGUUUUAUUAUAGUUUUACAGUUUUUAGAUUUAGUCAAUUUUAGAUAGUUUUGGUAAGUUUUCUGUUAAUUUUCAGUGAAUUUUUAUACUUGCAAAGCGCUGUUGAACCACUGGGAAACAGCGCUAUAUAAAUGUAUUAUUAUUAUCAUAACCAUUACAAUUUCUUCAAAUGUAAUUGGUGCAUAAACUGCUGUAUUUUGCACUAAUUAAUUUGCAAAGAUAUAAUCGGACAGUGUAAUCGGACAGUUGGUUAUACAGUCAACUCCCGUUAUAGCGGACACCCUCGGGACCGCGAUUUGGUGUCUGUAAUAGCGAGAGUCCGUAAUAGUUGGGUGCGAGAAAAUUUUUAUGUUAUAACAUUUGGACACACUGGACGAGCUUAUUCAUGGCAGCGAGACUGCAAAGAGGGCCUUAAGAGAAAAAGAUGAAGAAAUUUUGAUUGAUGGACAGAAGAAGCGGAAAUCGAACAAAAAAGACAAAGACAUUUUCAAAAAGCAGAAAAAAUAGACUUGAUAUUUGUGCAAAUAUUCCAAGAUACUGCUCGGUGUCCGCUAUAACGAGAGAGGAAACGAUAAAAUUGUGACGUUGGGACCGAAUAAAGUGUUCGUAAGUCCGUAA